AUGGCGCCGCCGACCAGCGGGAGUGCGGGCCCGCACCGUCCGCGCGCAGAUGGCGCGAUAGAACCAGCGCAUGCGCGAGACGACCAGAUUAUAGCGGAACUCCCGCCGCGUCCGGCGAACUUGACGGCGGCGACAGAUGCCCCUGCGGUUGCGGCGGCGCAGAAGGCGAUCCAUUUUUCCGCGGCGGCGCCGGAGGAAUUCUAUGAUGGGGAGGAGGAGGAGGAGGAGGACGGGAGCGAGUUUCUGGAGCGCGCGCGCAGCCACCAGGAGGUGGAGGACGAGCGCGCGUACGAGCCGGAGGAGCAGAUCGACGUGUCGCGCUACAGCCUGCCGCUACAGACGCCGGGCGGCAAGGAGGACACGUUCCGGUUCUCGUGGCGGCGCUUCUGCAUCUUUGUGGGUCCGGGCUUCCUCAUGAGUAUCGCGUACCUUGACCCGGGCAACCUUGAGAGUGAUUUGCAGGCAGGCGCACAGACGGGGUAUGCGCUGCUCUGGAUUCUCUUCUGGUCCACCGCGCUUGGUCUGCUCCUGCAGGCCAUAGCAGCGCGAGUGGGCGUGGUAACGGGGUGCCAUCUGGCAGAGCUGUGCCGAAUGGAGUACUCACAGCCCGUGCGCUGGGUGCUGUGGGGCAUGACAGAGGUGGCCAUAGUGGGCGCGGACAUUCAGGAGGUGAUUGGCUGCGCCAUCGCCCUGCGAAUUCUCUCAAGAGGGGCCAUUCCCAUCUGGGCAGGGGUGCUUAUAACGGGGCUCGACAGCUUCCUCCUACUCUUCCUGGAGAACUUUGGCAUUCGCAAGCUCGAGGCACUCUUUGGUCUUUUCAUCGCUGUCAUGGCCGCCUCCUUCGCCCGCAUGUUCCUGGAAGCUGCGCCUGACGCGGGAGCCAUCGCGCAUGGCCUCCUCGUCCCCUCCAUACCCCCCGGAGCAACGAGCAUGGCAGUGAGCAUACUAGGCGCAGUCAUCAUGCCGCACAACAUCUUCCUCCACUCCGCGCUCGUGCAAUCGCGCGCCAUCGACCGCCACUCCCCACCGCGCGUCGCAGAAGCCCUGCUCUACUUCACGCUGGAAUCAGCCCUCGCCGUGCUGCUCUCUUUCCUCGUCAACCUCUGUGUCGUCUCCGUCUUUGCGCGCCUCUUCUAUGGGCAACCUGGAGCAGCUGAUAUUGGGCUUGACAACGCUGCUGAGUAUUUGCAGCAAGCCUUCGGUUCAACAACCUUCCCAGUGGUGUUUAUAUGGGCGGCAGGGCUGCUAGCAGCAGGCCAGUCAUCAACCAUGACGGGCACAUACACGGGGCAGUUCGUCAUGUCGGGCUUCCUCGACCUGCACGUGCGCAAGUGGGUGCGCGUGUGCGUCACCCGCACCGUCGCCAUCGUGCCCACCGUCGCCGUCGCUCUGCUCUACACCUCGCCUGCUUCGCAUGCACCGCACUCACCACCGCAGCUGUCACCACCCCUGGCAGCACCAGCUGUGCCAGUGGCAGGGGGAGCGGGUACAGUAGAAGGGGCAGCAACCGCCGCAACUGCAGUCACAGCAGCAGAGCGAUUGCUGAAAGAAGUGUUCUUUACUCCGUCUCCCUUUCCAAACUCCGCCGUGCCCCCCCCCUUCACCAACACCUCCCUCCCUGCCUCCUCUUUCUCCUCCUCGCCUUUCUCCUCUAACCAAUCAUCCCUGCAACUUCCGACCUCUCUCCCCACUUCACGCCCUUCCUCACUCGUCUCGCCUUCUCUAACCGCCCCACACAUGCUAUCACUCUCCUCAUUGGACGUGCUAAACCAGUGGCUCAACGUGCUGCAGUCCGUGCAGCUGCCCUUCGCCGUCAUCCCCCUCUUAGCAAUCGCGUCCUCAACACACGUGAUGGGGCGAUACGCCAUCAGGGGGGCAGUCAAGUCCGUGCAGCUGCCCUUUGCUGUCAUCCCCUGCUGGCCAUAG